AUGCUGGCAUGGCAGGACGGCGGAGCCAAGGCGGCUCCCUCCCACCACAAGAUUUCCUUCUCGGUCCUGGACAUCCUGGACCCGCAGAAAUUCACCCGCGCUGCGCUCCCGGCCGUGCGUCCUGCUCCCCGGGAAGCCAAGAAAAGUUUGGCGGAGGCCGAAGCCGGGAAGGACGCCAGCCCCGGGGACUCAGCUCGGCAGCGGGAGAGCCCUGAUGCUGCGGACCGCGGCGCGGGCGCGGCGUCCCCCUUGGAAGGCUCGGAGGCGGAGGACGCAGAGGACGAGGAGGAGGAAGCGGAGGACGCGCGGCGGCGGCGGGCUCGGGAGCGGGCUGCGUGCCUGGAGGCUGACCCAGCGGGUUCCGCCGAGUCCAGGGCGGCGGCGUUGGCGGCUGGGGAGCGGGUCACCGGCGGGCCGGCCGGCUCCCCGGGCUCCCCGGGCUCCCCGGGCUCCCCGCGGCCCCGGCGCCGGCGCACGGAGCCCCGCUGCGGCGGCGGCUCGGGAGGCAGCCCCGGCGCCCCCGGCCCGGGCCCACUGCCCUUCCAGACUUUCCCCUCCUACUCGGCGGCCAACGUCCUCUUCCCGGCCGCCACGUCCUUCCCGCCGACGGCCGCAGCUGCCGGGGGCCCCUUUGCGUCCUUCCUCGGACCCUCCUACCUGACCCCUUUCUACGCCCCGCACCUAUGA